AUGGGCAAUAUGACAAUCCUUUUCGUGGGGUGUGAUGAAAGAGGACAAUACGGAGUUGGUUUUGCGGUACGUAAGAAUAUAGUACCAACGAUAAAAGAUUUUAGAAUAAUUAACCCAAUACUGGCGUUGCUAAAAAUAGAGACUAAAUGGUUCGAUAUCGUAUUCAUUAACGUACAUGCACCCACGGAGGACAAAUCACAACAAGAAAAAGAAGAUUUUUAUACUGAGAUAGAACAACUACUAGAAGGGAUUAGUAAUAGCAAAAUAAAAAUUGUACUAGGAGACAUGAACGCCAAAAUAGGGAAAGAGAGAUCAUAUAGACCAACUAUUGGUACCCACAGUUUACACGACAUGACUAAUGACAAUGGCACAAAACUUGUGGAUAUGGCCAUAGGGAAAGGUCUCAAAGUCAAGAGUACAAUGUUCCCGCAUAACAACAUACAUAAAGGGACGUGGGUGUCACCUGAUGGUAGGCACAUAAACCAAAUAGAUCAUAUAUUAAUAAAUGAGAGAUUUGCCAAUAACAUAACGGAUGUAAGAACAUACAGAGGAGGUGACUGCGACUCAGACCAUUUCCUAGUGGCUAGUAACCUUAGGGUUAAGCUAAAAACAAUGAGUAGGAAUAUGAAAUCGGAAAUUGUCAGGUAUGAUGUAGAGAAACUCAGGGAUAGUAGGAAAGCUAGAGAAUUUCAAGAGAACAUACAGAAAAUGGCACGAGAAUUAAACUCAAACCCCGAAACAGUAGAUGAGCAAUGGAAAAUAAUUAAACAUACCCUUGGAAAUGUGUCGGAGAAAGUUUUAGGGAAAGCCCAUAGAACGAAGAAACCCUGGUUUAAUGCUAUCUGCCAAGAAGCCCUGGAAAGAAGGAAAAUAGCAAGAGAAAGAUGGCUAAAUGAUACUAACAAUCAGGAGGAAGAAAGAAUCUUUAUAGUUAGAAGGAAAGAAGUACAGAACAUUUUGAGGUGUGAAAAGAGAAAAAUCAAACCUUUGGCCGAACAAGUGGUGGGGGACUAUCAAUGUGGAUUCAGGCAAAAUAGGUCAACGACAGAUCAGAUAUUUAUAAUCAGGCAGUUAUUCCAGAAAAGCUGGGAAUAUAAUAAGGAACUCCAUGUUAUCUUCGUUGAUUUUCAAAAAGCGUAUGACAGUAUAGAUAGAACUAGCAUAACCGAAAUUCUGAAACAUUUUCAUUUCCCAAGGAAAAUAGUACAAUUAGUGGAAGCUAGUAUAAGACAAACCAAAAUCAAAGUCAAAGUAGGAAACGCGACAUCGAGGAUAGUGGAGGUAAGAACCGGACUUAGACAGGGGGAUGCCUUGUCUCCAGUACUCUUUAAUUUAGUAUUAGAGAAGGUGGUCCGAGAAAUAAAUAUUGGAAGAGAUGAAGGAGUAAGAAUGGAUAGAACUUGCUUCAGUCUGCUCGCCUAUGCAGACGAUAUAGUCUUGCUAGGAGAAGACGAACAUAAAGUGGUAGGUUUAUGCGGCAGGUUAAUAGUAUCGGCAAAGAAGGUAGGGCUACAUCUCAACAUAGAGAAAACGCAGUACAUGAAAGAAACCGAAACCAUAACAGUUGGCCAGUACGAGUUCAAAAGAGUAGAAGAUUUUAAAUACCUGGGCACGAUUGUAACGCAGAAGAAUGAAUGUCAAAUUGAAAUUCAACAAAGAAUAAAAAUGGGAAAUAAAUGCUUCUAUGCACUAGGCAAACUAGUAAGCUCGAAAGUCAUGUCAAAAGAGGUUAAAACUCAGCUGUAUUUGACAAUCAUACGACCAAUAGUCAUGUUUGGUUCACAAUGUUGGACGUUACGAAAGACUGAGGAGGAAAGAUUAGCAGUUUUUGAGAGGAAGGUACUUCGUAAAAUAUAUGGACCUAUAUAUGAUCAAGAGCUUCAAGGAUGGAGAAAAAGACAUAAUCAAGAACUGACGGAGCUUUUCAAUAGACCAAAUAUUAUGAACGAGAUCAAACGGAGCAAGUUGGUAUGGGCAGGACACGCAGUUAGGAAGCAAGAUUCAAUGGUUCAAAGGGUACUCCAAGAAAACCCAAAGAGAAAAAGACCACUGGGUAGACCAAGGCUACGCUGGGAAGAUGGAAUAAAAAAAGAUUUCCUAAGUGCUGGUGGAGCGGAAUAUGAUCAUAGGGACUGGAAGGAAGUAGCAGAGAAUAGAGAAGAAUGGGAAAGGAUUUGUUCUAUGGCAAGACGGUCUCAAAGGCCUUAA